AUUUUAUAAAAAUUGUCAAUCACAGUUAAACAUCGAGGAGAGAGGCGCCAUUUUUAUUUAUACAUGCAUUCAAGUCAUCAGUUAUUAUUUCGGUAAUUUCGUGUAAAUUAUAAUUAAUAAAAAAAGUGUAUUACGAUUAUAGUUUUAUAUAAGAAAAUAAUCAAACGAUAAAGAUUUCAUCAAAAGAAUGAUAAGAUUAAUUUUGUAAUACGUGACAUUUAUUAUCAUGGAUUUGAAUACGACGACUGAAUUGAUGACGUUAAGAUUGAACAUAGCAGAUAAAGGAUGUUUAAAGUAAGUAAAAAGAUUAUAAGAAUUUUCAACGUUUUGAGAUUUGCAAGAUAUCAAAAUGGCGGUUUCACGGGAAAUAAAUCGAAGUUCGAUAUGCGAAGGGAGAAUCGAUAUGAUUCGAGGAUAAAUCGAUUCGAUAAAUUUAAUCUCAGAAGUAGGAUCAUUUUUAAUUUGAUAUUUACGAUCUCCCACGAGUCGAAGGUCGGAAAUAAGGAAAGAUAUUUUCGUCCGCUCGUAAAAACCGAUGAGAACAACGGGGGUUUCUUUAGCGGUACAGCCGAAGCAAUUUUGAUAAUCGCAAGGCUCGUGGUCAUAACCUUAGCCGCCAUUAUCUUGGCCACCGCCUUUUUAAUAAUCCCACUGACAAACUCCCAAGUUUUUCCGACUAUCCUUCGUAAAGUAAUCACAUUCUUGGGUCCGACUUUUAUCAAAUUUGGUCAAUGGAUGUCAACGAGAAAGGAUCUAUUUCCCGAAAAUGUUUGUAAUUCUCUCGUACAAUUACAACAUAAUGCAUCACGUCAUUCAUGGUUGUAUACUAAAAGUUUACUCGAAGCAACCUACGGACCAAAUUGGAGAGACAUUUUUGUCAAAUUUGAGGACGAUACUCCAAUUGGUUCGGGAUGUUGUGCCCAGGUUUACAAGGCGUGGGUUGAUCUCAACGUUCAUGCGGAAAGGAUACAAGAACCUCGGCUAUCGCGUUUCGUUGAAACUAUCGAAUAUUUAAAUAUGGGACACUUCUUCACUUUAUUGGAGAAAAUAUUGACCAGAGAGGAACACGAAAAGAUUGAUCAAAUUGGUAGAAAAUUGCAGCCAGUUGCCGUUAAGGUCCUUCAUCCUGGUAUCAAAAGUCAUAUGAAGAGAGAUUUGAAGAUAAUGCGAAUGAUUAGUAAACUCAUCACGUAUUUAGUACCGGAUUUACAUUGGCUGAGUUUAACCGAUUGUAUCGAUGAAUUUUCAUUGAUGAUGGAACAACAAGUCGAUUUGAGAUUGGAAGCAUAUAAUUUGAUUAAAUUUAGCAAUAAUUUUUUGAAAAGGAACGAAAUAACAUUUCCUCGACCUUACAUGGAAUAUACGCGUAACAAGAUAUUGGUUGAAACUUUUCACGAGGGCUCACCUAUAUCCGAUUAUUUCGAUUAUAAAAAUAAUAAUGUACAACGUAAAUUGGCGAAAUUGGGUAUUACGAUGAUUCUUAAAAUGGUAUUCAACGAUAAUUUUAUACAUUGCGAUCUCCACCCGGGUAACAUUUUGGUUCAGGAAGUAAAGAAACCGACAUCUACUUUUCUUGAUCUUUUUUUGAGAGUCAUUAGCUCUGAUUAUACGGAGAAUGAUCCGAGACUGGUAAUACUCGACUGUGGUUUGGUGGUAUCCCUGAACGACCGAUGUCGAAAAAAUCUUCGAGAUGUCUUUCGAUCGGUAUUGAUGGGAAAUGGUGAACUCGCAGCGGAAUAUAUAUUGGAACAUUCUUUGCAUAUGACACCAGAUCCAGAUGGUUUCAAAACUACGAUGAACGACAUAGUGACGAAUUAUCUUAAAAAUCAAAUUAAUUUAACUAACGUGAAUGUAAGUACCGUUGUGUCUGAAUUAUUUUCCGCGAUGGUUCGUCACCGGGUGAAGCAGGACGGAUCCUUUAGCAGCGUGAUUCUCAGUAUGGUAGUGAUCGAGGGGCUCGGCCGUAGUCUAGAUCCUAAUAUCGAUAUCUUCGCCGAAGUACUUCCAUUUGUUUUCAAUAAUACCGUGUGCGGUUAAAAAACAAUCAAACGGAAAGAAAAGGAAGGGAAGAAGAACGUUCCUGUUAAUUACAUUGGAUGUUACAAUAUGCAUAUAUAAAAGAAAGAAGUACGUAUUUCGCAACGUAGCAAAAUGUCAGUCAGACGAUGUCGUCGAGGUCGUACGAUAUUACAAAGGGCUGCUGGUUCUCCUUCUUCUCAAGUUUAGCCUCGUGCGAUAUUAUUUGGUCUAUCGUUAGGACCAAGCCGUGAAGAAGAAGGAGUCUCGUGUAAACGCACGUGCGUCGGCAACGAUCAACCGGAGAGAGAGAGAGAGUGAGAGAGAGACCAUUCUUUUUCUUCAACAGACGACCUUCGAUCAAUUUCAUUGUUCGUAUAUAUACGUCGUUCAUUGACGUUUUAAAUUAUACAACCAAGUUGCAAAGAAGAUAAUAAUGGGGACUAAAACAAUGCUUACUAAUUUUGUUCUUUCAAUAUUAACGAAAAUAUCCUUCAAAAUAUAUUUUAGAAAAUCGUGUUAUACAUUUGAUCAUGAUCUACG